AUGAACGAGCUGGUGGCCAAACAACAGGUCACUGGGAAGGCCAUCCUUCAACUCUACAGCAACAUGAAGAAAGAUUCGACCUCAAGAAAGUCAACUGAAUACUUUAAACGCCGCACUGAGGCGUUGAACGAACAUUGGGCAAAUGCGAAACAAACUCAUGCCGAGAUUAUUAAAAUCAAAAAAUCAUCUAAUGAAUAUUGGACAUCAGAAUAUUAUAAACAAAUCGAAAAGUCGUAUCGAGACUGUUAUAGGUACAUUCAGAACUCAACAACAUGUAUUAACGAAUCCAGCGAAGACGAAGAUACACGAGUAAAAUACCAGAUGCAACACAUACAGACCAUAGAUAGGUACGAAAUUCUGUCUGAAAAAUUAGUUAAUCAAUGCAAGUAA